AGGCUGCCUACCUCUAGGCCCGGCAGGCGCUCGGGUUUCGCGGCGCUCCGCCCCCUGCCCCUGGCUCCCGCACCUUGGACGGCGAAGCCGGGUGAUCCGGAACGCGAGAAUUAAGGGGGUGGGAAGGUGUGAGCCGCAGGUCCCGAGGAGGGCGGGAAGGAGGAGGAGGCCCCGGGGGUUGGUCAGGCGGACUGGGGGUCCCGCCGGCAGAGUCCCUCCGCCGCCGGACCGACGCGGGCUGAUUGUGGCGGCCUCGGGUCGGACUCUUGAAGAGGGCGGCGCGGUGAGCUCAGCCAUGGCCUCGGGUGGGUAUAACCCAUGUAUAGAGAUCAUUGAACAGCCCAGGCAGAGGGGCAUGCGUUUUAGAUACAAAUGUGAAGGGCGAUCAGCAGGCAGCAUUCCAGGGGAGCACAGCACAGAGAACAACCGAACAUACCCAUCUAUCCAGAUUAUGAACUAUUACGGAAAGGGAAAAGUAAGAAUUACAUUAGUAACAAAGAAUGACCCAUAUAAACCUCAUCCUCAUGAUUUAGUAGGAAAAGACUGCAGAGAUGGCUACUAUGAAGCAGAAUUUGGACAAGAACGCAGACCCUUGUUUUUUCAAAAUUUGGGCAUUCGUUGUGUAAAGAAAAAAGAAGUAAAAGAAGCUAUUAUUUCAAGAAUAAGGGCAGGAAUCAAUCCUUUCAAUGUCCCUGAACAGCAGCUGCUUGAUAUUGAAGAUUGUGACCUCAAUGUGGUGAGAUUAUGUUUUCAAGUUUUCCUCCCUGAUGAACAUGGUAAUUUGACAACGGCUCUACCUCCUGUUGUCUCUAACCCAAUUUAUGACAACCGUGCUCCUAAUACUGCAGAAUUAAGGAUUUGUCGUGUAAACAAGAACUGUGGAAGUGUCAGAGGUGGUGAUGAAAUAUUUCUACUAUGUGAUAAAGUUCAGAAAGAUGACAUAGAAGUUCGGUUUGUGUUGAACGAUUGGGAAGCAAAAGGUAUCUUUUCACAAGCUGAUGUACACCGUCAAGUAGCCAUUGUUUUUAAGACUCCACCAUAUUGCAGAGUGAUAACAGAACCAGUGACAGUAAAAAUGCAGUUGCGGAGACCUUCUGACCAGGAAGUUAGUGAAUCUAUGGAUUUUAGAUAUCUGCCAGAUGAAAAAGAUACUUACGGUAAUAAAGCAAAGAAACAAAAAACAACUCUACUUUUCCAGAAACUGUGGCAAGACUGCGCAGUUAAUUUUCCUGAAAGACCUAGACCUGGUACCCUAGUAUCAACUGGAGAAGGAAGAUUCAUCAAAAAAGAAUCUGGAAACUUUUCUCAUGGUGCAGUUUUGACAGAAAUGCCCAGGACUUCAGGUGUUUCAAGUCAAGGAGAUUCCUAUUAUUCCUCACCUGUGUCCAUCUCAAAUGCACUGUCACAUCAUACUUCACCCAUACCUUCAAUGGUGUCUCAGCCUUCUUCCAGCUGGUCGUCAGGGGCCCACCCCACCUCGCGCACAGUCAGUACGAAUCCACUGAGUGGUUUUUCAACAGGGACACUUCCCUCUAAUCCACAAGGUAUCUCGCCAUAUCUGGAAAUGCCACUUGAGCGUGAUUUGAAUGCCUCUAAUGCUUGUAUUUAUAACAAUUCGAAUGACAUAGGCAGAAUGGAAGCACCAUCCAUGUCACCAGCUGAUUUAUAUGGUAUUUCUGAUGGCAACAUGCUGCCGAAUUGCCCUAUGAAUAUGAUAACACCUAGUAAUGACAGCAUGAGGGAGACUGAUAAUCCGAGACUUGUGAGCAUGAAUCUUGAAAACCCCUCAUGUAAUUCGGUGUUAGACCCGAGAGACUUGAGACAGCUCCAUCAGAUGUCCUCUCCCAGUAUGCCAGCAGGCGCUGGCUCCAGUACGGCUGCGUUUGUUCCACAGCCAGAGGCAUUUGAGAGAUCUGACUUCAACUGCACAGGUAACAGUAUGAUAAAUGAGGCAGGACCAUCAAACAGUACUAAUCCAAACAGUCAUGGUUUUGUUCAUAGUCAGUAUUCUAGUAUUGGCGCUAUGCAGAAUGAGCAAUUAGGUGACUCAUUUGCAUUUGAUUUUUUUCAAGGUAACUUGUAAAACUUAAUUGGUUGUUUGGGUAUAUUGAAUUCAAAGCUGGAAAGUAUCAUAUAGGGGAAAUCCUGAAAUAGAAACUUAAAAACUGUUUCUUCUUUCGGAAACAUGUGACCCGAUAACUGUGUGCUGUGGAAUUUGUCUUUAGAGUCCUUUACCCCAUUUUCCUAGUACAGAAUGAGGAGAAAAUGAGAGCAAGGCUCCAGUUCUUCAAAAUACAAUUUUUUUAUACUUCUUUUAUAUUGUAUUAAUGUAUUCUUAGUUAAAUGAAUUAACUGAUAUUUGCUUUUAAGCAAAUUUAAGGUAAAACCUGUAAUGACUGUGUCAUUAGAAAAAUGAUUUCCUUAUUAUUUUUGAGACCCAUAGGCCAAGGUGACCCCUAAGGGGUUUUCUGAGGCUUCUUGGAGUUUCUUAGAUUUAUAUGUAAAUCAAAAAUCUUUAAAAUCUUUAAGAAUCUAACUUGGCAGGGGGUGCCUGGGUGGCUCAGCCGGUGAAGUGUCUGCCUUCAGCUCAGGUCAUGAUCCCAGGGACCCUGGGAUCUGGUUGCAUCAGGCUCCCUGCCCAGCAGGGAGUCUGCCUUGCCCUCUCCCUUCCCCACUCCCGCUCGUGUGCACCUGCAUGCUCUCUCUCUCAAAUAAAUAAAGUCUUAAAAAAAAAAAUCUAACUUGGACAGAAAGUGAAGUGAGCUUUCAAGGAAGGGGAAGUUCUCUACAUUUUGGACCAUUUUAAAUAUCUAAAUUGCUUGUGAGUUUAGCUUUACACCCACGUCUUUAAGGUAAAGAAGUUUCCUUAGGCCUGUCUUCUUUCUUGUGUUUCCUCACUCACUGUGAUCUCAUCCAAUUUCGUGCUCUUUGUUCGUAAAUUUUAUCCCUAGCUUAGACCUGUCCUCUGACCUCCAUACUUGGAGCUUACGCAUGUAUGUAAAACUACUUAUUCGACAUUUCUACUUAGAAACCUAAUUAAUGAACAAAAAUCCAGCUCAGACUCAACAUAUCCAAAACUGAGUUCUUGAUCUUCCUCCUUGUGCCCCUAUAGUCUCUUCUCUCCAAAGUAGCCAGAAUGAUUAUUUUUAAAACAAGUCAAAUUGUAUCAUUCAUCUGCUCAAAACCAUCCAGUGGCUCCCCAUUCCCACUCAGAGUAAAGAUCAAAGUCCUUAAAAUUGGCAGGCUCAUACUUCGUCUCCUAUCUCAUCUCUUACUGUUUUCUUCCCCUCAUUCAGCUCCAGGCACUCUGCCCUCAUAGUCUCUCUUCAAAAACACCAAGUAUAUCCGUGCCUCAGACUCUUUGUACUUGGUGUCCCCUCUGGCUUGACUGUUUUUCUCUCAGAUACAUGCAUAACUCACUUCUUAAUGUCCUUCAGAUUCACUCACCUGUUACUGAUUAAGGCCUUCCUCGAAUCUAUACGCAUCAGCACUCCAUGUCCUCUUUCCUUUCUGUUGGUCCAUAGCACUUACCAGGAUCUGACCUUUACUAAGCAUUUAUUUUUUACUUUUAGUUUUUCUCCCUAUACUGGAAUAUAAGCUUCACAAAGGUAAAAAUUUUUGUGUUUUGUUUGUUGAAUCCUCAGUUUGUAGAACAGGGUCUGCCUCAUAUUAAGCAUUCGGUAAAUAUUUAUUGAAUGUUCAAAGUACUACUAGUAGAAGUUUGUGUUUUUUUUGAAAGAACAGCUUUAAUUAGAUAUUUAUGAUUUUUAUAAUGUGACAUUGGGUUUAUGUCAGAAUCAUGCACCUUCAGGUCAAGGAUUAAUGUAAUCCAAACCAUCUGAAAGCAAAGUAAUCCCAGCGGCAAAAUGAUGGUAGAAUUUAGGCAGUAAUCUUAGUUGUGAUGGAAUUGUCAUGAUGCUAAGUAACUGACUUAUUGAAGACUUACUCUAUUUUACAAAUAGAACCUGCCAUAAAUGUUGAGCAUGUUCUGAGCUAGAAACAGUGUGUCAUUUCAUUUACACAGUGUCCAACCAAACCAGUAAGUUUACUGGAACAAUCAAAAUGGGAAAUGUAUGAAUAUCAUGUAAAUAAAAAUUCCGAGUUGAAUGAUACUGGGAAAUGGGAAGGAGAGCAAGAUAAGACUUGGGGUUAGGAUAGUCUAGGAAGCAGAAGAAGAAAAAGAUUAAAGAUACCUAGGUACCAUUAAUAUUUCUCAGAAAUUAUGAUUUAAAAAUGAAACAUUUGUUACAUAAUUUUAAAAACCAUAAGCAUAGGGCGCCUGGGUGGCCCAGUCGUUAAGUGUCUGCCUUCGGCUCAGGUCAUGAUCCCAGGGUCCUGGGAUCG